AUGGCUGACGCAUUCAGGAUGAGCGACCUCGGCUUGCUUCGCUACUAUCUCGGCAUUGGAGUCAGGUAGAGCGUGGGGGGCACCUCGAUUAGCGAAGGAGCCUACGCCGCCAAGAUUCUGGAGAGGAGGGGCAUGGCAGGGUGCAAUCCUUGUCAAGUACCAAUGGCAACGUGUCUGAAAUUGAGCAAGAGGAGCACGGAGCCGCUGGUGGAUGCAACAGCAUACAGAAGCAUCGUGGGGAGUCUUAGGUACCUGGUCAAUACUCGUCCAAACUUGCCAUUUGUUGUUGGCUAUGUGAGUCGUUUUCUGGAGGAGCCACGUAAGGAUUACUUGGCCGUUGUGAAGCAAAUUCUCUACUAUGUGGCGGGAACCAAGAGCUGGGGUCUCAGGUAUAAAAGAAAGGAGGAGCAGGUCUAG